AUGGAGCCAACCAGCAAUGAAAUCGAUCGUGAAUUUCGAUUCUUCAGGACAUACAAAAAUGGUCACGUCGAAAAGUUCUACAGUACCCACAAAAUCCCACUUUCUAACAACCCCGUCACCGGGGUCCAAUCCAAAGACAUCAUAAUCUCACCCGAACCCGCUAUUUCCGCCCGUAUCUUCCUACCCAAGAUCCAUGAUCCGACUCGGAAACUCCCCGUCCUCUUCUACAUCCACGGCGGCGGGUUUUGCUUCGAGUCAGCCUUCUCCCCGCUCUACCACAACCACGUUGCCUCACUGGUCACUGAAGCCCGAGUUGUUGCGGUGUCUGUCGAAUACGGGUUAUAUCCGGAUCGACCUAUACCCGCUUGCUACGAAGAUUCAUGGGCCGCUCUCAAAUGGGUCGUGUCCCAUUCGGCCAGGAAUGGACCUGAGCCAUGGUUGAACGAGUACGCUGACUUUGACCGGGUCUUUAUAAGUGGGGACAGCGCUGGAGCGAACAUAUCGCACAAUUUGGCGGUUCGGGUCGGGCCUGAUGGGUUAUCGGGUGUGAAGGUUAAAGGGAUUGUUCUGGUGCAUCCGUUCUUUGGGGGUCUGGAGGAGGAUGAUGAGAUGUGGCUUUACAUGUGUCCAGAGAACGGUGGGUUGCAGGAUCGUAGGCUGAAACCGCCCGCAGAGGAUCUGGCAAGGAUUGGGUGUGGGAGGAUGUUGAUAUUUUUUGCUGCUGAAGACCAUCUGAGGGAGGUGGGCCAGCGGUACUAUGAUGAGCUAGCGAAGAGUGAGUGGGGUGGGAGUGUUGAGGUGGUGGAGCAUCAAGGUGAGAACCACGUGUUUCAUCUCAUGAAGCCUGAUUGUGAGAAGGCUACCAAUUUGAUCCAGAAAUUUGGUUCCUUUAUUAACCAAAAUUAG